CACCUUAUUUCAUUCCGUCUUCCCUGUGCAAUUUUACGACCGCAAAAAUGGGUGGCAUGAGAGGAAAGAACAAGCAGGGUCCGCCCGAGCCCCUCGACGAAUCGCUCGUCACCCGCAAGAGGAAGGAUUACGAGGCGCCCGCGCCGAAGGAGCAGAAGAGGAGGAGAACAGACGCAAAGGCUAAAGCUAAGGCCAAGGCUGCGCCUGUAUCCAAGAAGGCUGCUGCUACAACUGCUGCUGCUAAGAAGAGCGCAGCAAAGCCUAUUAAGGCUGCUAAGCCUGCGAAGAAGUCUGCGCCGCCGCCAGAAUCAGACGACGAGGACGACUUUUCAGACUUGUCAGAAGGAGGCGAUGACCUUGACGCAAUGGUAGACGUAGCGGAUAUUGCGAGAGUCAGUGGACUUGAUGCGCUCGGUAGCGCUUCAGAAGACGACAGCGAGAUCGACGACGACGAUUUCGACUCAGACGUGGAGACCAAUGGCAAGAAAGCAAUGUGGUCGGAUGACGAGGACGAUGAGGAAGUUCAGGAACAGCUCACAGCAGCCAACAUUGAGGGUCUGUCGCGGAAGUUGGACAUGCAGCGUGCAAUUGAAGAGGCUGAAGCGGCAGCCGAACUCGAGGAGGCAAACUUGCAGACUAACAUCGCGCCCGAGGACCGACCAAAGGUGCUGGAUGACGAGGAGGAUGAAGAAGGCCGUAAAAUUUCGAACCUGGUCACCCAGGAUAUUCAGCUUCUGCGAACACGACUCAACGACACCAUCCGCGUGCUUGAUGACUUCAAGAACUUAGGUGAGACCGGUCGCAGCAGGGCUGAAUACCGCGCGCAGCUGUUGAACGACAUCUGCUCGUACUACGGCUACUCCGAGUUCCUCGCAGACAAGCUCCUCAGUCUGUUCCCUGCCCGCGAGGCCUUCGCUUUCUUCGAAGCUAACGAGACGCCCCGACCCAUUGUCAUCCGUACCAACACCCUCCGCACACAUCGUCGCGAGCUCGCACAAUCCCUCAUCAACCGUGGCGUGCAGCUUGAGCCCGUCGGCAAAUGGUCCAAGGUCGGUCUGCAGAUUUUCGACGCACAGGUACCGCUCGGUGCCACUCCCGAGUACUUGGCUGGUCACUACAUUCUGCAGGCAGCUUCUUCGUUCCUUCCCGUCAUGGCCCUCGCACCCCAAGAGAACGAGCGCGUGCUUGAUAUGGCAGCUGCCCCUGGCGGUAAGACAACGCAUUUGGCUGCGCUUAUGAAGAACACUGGAUGCAUCUUCGCCAACGAUGCCAGCAAAGAGCGUUCCAAGGGUCUGAUCGGUAACAUCCACCGUCUGGGUGUGCGAAACGCCAUUGUGUGCAACUACUCUGCGCUUGAAUUCCCCAAAGUUAUGGGCGGUUUCGAUCGUGUGUUGCUCGAUGCGCCUUGCUCUGGUACUGGUGUCAUUGCAAAGGAUGCUAGCGUCAAGACCAACAAGACUGAGGCCGAUUUCAUGAAGCUUCCGCACUUGCAAAAGCAGCUGCUUCUCUCAGCUAUUGACUCUGUCGACCACCACAGCAAGACCGGCGGUUAUAUUGUGUACUCGACAUGUUCCGUUACUGUAGAAGAGAACGAGCAAGUCGUUCAGUAUGCACUGAACAAGCGCCCGAAUGUCAAGCUUGUCGAGACAGGCCUUACAUUCGGUAAGGAGGGUUUCACGAAGAUCGGCGGCAAGAUCUUCCACCCCUCUAUGAAGAUGACCAGGAGAUACUACCCCCACACUUACAACGUGGAUGGUUUCUUCGUUUCCAAAUUCAAGAAGAUCGGUCCCACACUCCCUACCGCCGUCGGCGCCAACCGUUCCGCCAACGGUCAGCCCUCCACUUCUACAGCAGGCCAGGACGAGUACGUCGACAAGACACCUAUCUUGACUGAGGAGGAGGAAGAGGCGGACGACUUCGGUGGCUUCGACGAGGACGAAGAUCGCGCGUACAUGGAGCGCGGUCAGGCAAGAGAUGCACGCCGCAAGGGCAGAGACCCCAAGGCAGACCCGAGCAAGGCUACAAAAGAGGCGAAACCUAAGGAGAAGAAGGGAGGUGGUAAAGAGGUCGCAGCUAAGGAGACGGCCACUUCGCCAAGCCCCGCAAAGGCUGGUAAGGCGAAGGCUGCGAAGACAGCCGAGGUAGAACAGGUGGCUGAGAUCAUCGCUGCCGACGUCAAGGUCAGCAAGAAGGAUGGCAAGGGCAAGAAGGCCGGCAAGACCGAGAGCGCUGUUGCGGUCGCUGAGGUCACGCCCGUAAAGAACGUCACUGAAAAGAAAAAGGCGAAGGUCGAGGCUGCGGCGUCGCCCAAGGCCAACGGUGCCGAGAAGAAGGCGCGGAGAAAGAGCGGAGAUAAGAAGAUGAAGGCCUAGAUUUUUUGCUGUUUUGAUGUUUCGUGUAGGUAGUAGAUACCACUGUCGAAAGUGGCUCUUAGUACCAUCUUUUACUCUGAGUAUGUUCGUGGGUGCCUUGAUCAAUUUUUGUUGCUUCUGUCGAACAAUGUUUGUCGGCUGCUUGUACGCGUAAAGUAAAUUCGGCGGGCAAAGACUGGUCAUCUAUGUAUUAAAUCAUCCAACUAGGCUUUCUGGAUUUGAACACCUCACAAGGGCUUUGGCUGAAGUGACUUAGUACUGGGUUUGACUCCUUGAAGACGAUUUGGCGUUCCUAGCAAAGAUAGAUAUCAUGUUCCUCAACCUCCCAAUCUAUCCAGUCC